AGAACCUCCAACAAACCCAAGACCCACACAUUCAUAUGGAGAUCUGGGAGUAUAAAUAGGAGAAGGAGAGGAGCAGUCAGUAGCAGAGCUCAAGCUCCUCUUCAGAGAGACCACAGCAGAGAUACAGCCAUGGCACCUACUGUCACUGUACCCAUGACCUACUUUUCUGAGCAUCUUACACUGAACAAUAAGCAGAGAAAGCCUUUGGUGGAGAAACUGCGCAGAGAUCGCAUCAACAACAGCAUUGAACAUCUCAAGACUCUACUGGGCCAGGAGUUCCUAAAGCAACAUCCAGACUCCAAGCAGGAGAAAGCUGACAUCCUGGAGAUGACUGUCCACUUCCUGAAACAGAAGCAGCAGCAGCAACCCUCCACCUGCUCCACAGCAGCCAAUGAGGGCUACUCCAGGUGUAUGCAGGACGCUGUCAACUUCCUGUCUCAGUGUGAGGUGCAGACACAGUCCCAGAGAAGACUGCUGAGUCACUUCCUACACAUGCUGCCCACAGCGGACAAGAGCACCAGAGUCCAGCUUCAGCCCAGCUCUCCAGUCCGUCACAGCAGCAGCAAACAGAAGACUUCAGGCUGCACUGCACUCUGGAGGCCCUGGUAGAGCCAUG